AUGGGAAAACACGGCGGCGCAAAACCCAAAAUCGCCGUCUAUUUGUCAGAUGGAAUUAUCUUCCUCGCCGGAGCUUUCAUGUCUCUGAUUCUCGUCUGGUCUUACUUCUCUGUUUAUUCACCUUCCUCCAAUUUCACCCUCACCGGUUCACGCAAAAAUGGCGAACCAAGCAAAUGCUCCGGUUUCGACAUGCGAUUCGACCCGCCCGAUACCGGUUUUUACGAUGAUCCGGAUCUCAGCUACUCCAUCGAGAAACCAAUCACAGGCUGGGACGAGAAACGGAAGCAAUGGCUUGAAUCGCACCCGUCGUUCAAACCCGGUUCUGAAAACCGGAUCGUGAUGGUUACCGGUUCACAAUCGACGCCGUGUAAAAGCCCAAUCGGAGAUCAUUUACUGCUCCGAUGCUUCAAAAACAAAGUCGAUUACUGUCGAAUCCACGGCCACGACAUCUUCUACAGCAACUCUCUCCUUCAUCCGAAGAUGAAUUCGUAUUGGGCGAAACUCCCGGUGGUGAAAGCGGCGAUGCUUGCUCAUCCGGAGGCGGAGUGGAUUUGGUGGGUUGAUUCCGACGCCAUUUUCACCGAUAUGGAAUUCACGCCGCCGCUUCACCGUUACCGUGAUCACAACCUCGUGGUUCACGGCUGGGCUAAUAUCAUUUACGAGAAACAGAGUUGGACGGCGUUAAACGCCGGCGUUUUCCUCAUUAGGAACUGUCAGUGGUCAAUGGAUUUAAUUGACACGUGGAAGAGCAUGGGACCGGUGAGUCCCGAUUACCACAAGUGGGGUCUGAUCCAACGGUCUAUCUUCAAAGAUAAGCUGUUUCCGGAGUCGGAUGAUCAGACGGCUUUGAUUUAUUUGCUGUAUAAACACAAAGAGCUGUAUUACCCUAAGAUAUACCUCGAAGCAGAGUAUUAUUUCCAAGGGUAUUGGAUCGGCGUCGUUGGGGAUUUCGCUAACGUGACGGAGCGGUAUCUGGAGAUGGAGCGAGAGGACGCCACGUUGCGUAGACGACACGCGGAGAAAGUCAGCGAGCGAUACGGUGCGUUUAGGGAGGAGAGGUUUUUGAAAGGCGAGUUUGGAGGGAGAGGAAGUCGCCGGCGAGCGUUUGUGACGCAUUUCACGGGAUGCCAGCCUUGCAGUGGGGACCACAAUCCGAUCUAUGAAGGUGACACGUGUUCGGAUGAGAUGAUCAGAGCCCUUAAUUUCGCUGAUAAUCAGGUGAUGCGCGUGUACGGGUACGUGCACUCUGAUUUGACCAAGACUUCUCCUCUUCAACCUGUGCCGUUCGAUUAUCCUGAUGAGCCUUGGUGA